UGAGGGCAGAGGCAGUCUCUCCACCAUAAUUUUUUACAAAGCACAAGAAUGCCCUCCAGGCUCCAAUACCAUUUUCUCUAUAUAUAUAAUUUCUCUCUCUCUCUCUCUCUUCCUCGAGCCCCCUCCCUCUCUCCAUUUCUUGCCUUGCCCCAUUUCCACCCCGAAUUCUGAUUCCUUCUUCUUCAACUAGCCUGGUGUUUUUAAUUCUUGGUUGAUUUUUGUUUGUUUGUCAGUUCCACCCAUUGUUCUGGUUGUUGUCUCUCUGUGGGUGAUUUGCAUUUGCAUUUGGCCAAAAGGGUCAAAUUAUAUAACCACCAUUGUUCCCUCUCUUCCUUUUGCAGAAGCAGAGAGAGAGAGAGAGAGAGAGAGAGAGAGAGAGAGAGAGAAUAGAGAGAGAGAUCAGUGUAAAAAGAGAACAACAAAGCAUUCUUAACACAGUGCUCAGGUUCAUUUCCUCAUUCUGUAAAAAAAACAUCUCCUUUCAUCAGACUCUUCUCUUUCAGUCUCUCUUCACUCUCCCUUGUGUGUUUGAAUAGUCUGUUCUUGCCUUUUAUGUGGAUGCAAAGCUUUGAUUCUUAGUAUCUGAAAGUGGGAUUGAGGUGAAAGGGAGAGAAAUGGGGUUGGGUUGGUUGUGUUGCAUAAAGCAAAAUUUGUCUCCUCGGACAAAAUCCCUCUUUUUAAUUUUUUACAAUUAAGCAUGGCAUGGGCUGGCCUUAUUCAAAAAGCUUAAAGAAACUUCACUCUCAUCCUCAGGUGCCAAAAUCCAAAUCCCCCCACUAAAAGCCAAGAAAAAAAAUUGCAUCUUUAUCUUGACCAUCCUUUAAUUUCUCCCUCUUCCCCACAAAAACUCCUCCCUCAUUUGGAGCCCAACACAGAAUCAAAAACAAGUAAAGAAAAAAUGGGGUGUGUGGCCUCAAGAUUAGAAGAGGAAGAAGAAGUUGUGUCUAUAUGUAGAGAGAGAAAGCAUCAGCUGAAGAUGGCUGUGGAGAGAAGGUAUGCUUUGGCUGAUGCCCAUUACAGAUACUGUCAGUCUUUGUUUGGAGUUUCAGCAGCUAUAAACCUCUUUGUUGCUAGACAUUCCAAGCCCCACUCUCCAUUCUACAUCACAUUUCCUCCCUCUUCUUCACCACCACGCUCUACCCCUAAAGAAACUGUGGUUUCAAAUCCUUUGUUUCUGCAGCAGGCUCCUUCUGAGCCCACCAAACAGGCCAUCCCUUGUGAGUCCUGCACUUCUUCCACAAGUUCAGAUUCCUCUGAAGAAGAAGAAGAAGAAGAAGAAGAAGAAGAAGAAGAGUGUGUGGAGAAGACGAAUGGGAAAGAGGAGCCACUUUGUGGGUACUUCUACAUGGACAUGCCUCAGGGAGCAGUGUCACAACAGAUGGAUUUUGGUUGGGAUUUUUUCAACCCUUUUGAGAGUGUGCCUAGGCCUGAUAUUCUCAGUGUUUACAACAGGAUUUCUGAGGAGGAUUUGAGGGCUGUUAGGGAUGAAGAAGGGAUUCCAGACCUUGAAGAUGAAAAUGAGGUUGAAGAAGAAGAAGAAAGGGCAGUGAAAUUGCAGGAGGGGAAAAAGAACACAUCUUCUACUGUUGUGGCAGAAGAAACAGUCAGUAAUAAUGUAGAGCAAGAAAAUGCUGCAUCACAGGCUUUGAAUACAGUGCAGAAUAGUGGGGAGGAGAAAAUAAUAACCAAGGGACUUAGUGUGAUUGACACACCAGUUAGGGGGAGGGAAUUGCUGGAGGCUUUGAAGGACAUUGAAGACCAUUUUAUCAGAGCUUAUGAUUCCGGGAAAGAGGUUUCCAGGAUGCUUGAGUGCAACAGGGUUCACUUGCAGUCUAAUCUUGAGGAAAUUAAAGAAAGCUCAACAAAGUUGAUCCAAGCUAUUGUGAGGCGGUCUGCCCCUUCCCGGUCAUCUUCAUGCAAGAGUUUAGUGGCAUCAGGUUCGAAAAGCUCCUCGACAGCAUGGACAGAGUUUAGCAACGAACUGUUCGAUGAUUAUGGGGGGAUGAAUUCAGGAAGCCACUCCUUGACUCUUGGUAGACUGUAUGCAUGGGAAAAGAAGCUCUACGAAGAAGUGAAGGAAGGAGAUAGCAUUCGAAGAAUUUAUGAAAGGAAAUGCACUCAGCUUAGAAAUCAUGAUGUUCGAGGCGAUGAAGGGGUCACAGCGGAUAAAACGAGGGCAGCUGUCAAAGAUUUGUAUAGCAGGAUUCUAGUGGCGAUCCGCAGUGCUGAAACCAUUUCAAACAACAUUGACAAGCUGAGAGACGAAGAACUUGAGCCUCAGAUAAGAGAAUUACUUCAAGGCAUGACAAGAACUUGGAAGGUUAUGCUGGAGUCGCACGAAAUUCAGAACAAGAUUAUAUUUGAAGUGAAAACAUUUACUUGCCCAUCUUAUGGGAAAUUCUGCAAUGAGUCUCACAGGCUCGCUACACUACAGUUAGAAACCGAGCUUUUGAACUGGCGCUCGUGUUUCGUAGAAUAUGUUGCAGCACAGAGGGGAUUCAUUGAAGCCCUUUCUGGUUGGCUGUUGAAGUUUGUUGCUCCUGAAGUGGAAUAUUAUUCCAGGAGUAGAACUUCUCAGCCACCAUGUCGACCAAAUGGUCCUGUGCUGUUGACAUUAUGUCGGGACUGGUUGGAUUCCAUGAAUAAAUUACCAGAUAAGGCGGUUGCAUAUGCUAUAAAAAGCUGUGCAAAGGAUGUUAGAUCCUUGUGGUUUCAGCAAGGAGAGGAACAACAGCAGAAGAAGAAAGUUGAUAAUCUGUCGAAAGAAUUAGAUAAGAAAACGGUCUCAUUCCACAAGGCCGAGAGGAGGGUUGAGUUUAGGCUGACCGACAAAAACACAGAGGUGGAGAUGGAGCAUCAGGCUGAAUCAAUGAUUGAUUGUAAGGAUAUGUUGGACAGUUUCAGAACAAGGGUUAUGUUGGAGAAGGAAAAGCAUCAUAACUGCAUGGAAGAAACACACAGAAUCACUUUGAAUGGUUUCCAGACAGGAUUUUGUGGAGUGUUCGAGUCCAUGACAGAGUUCUCCAGGGCAGCUCUAAGAAUGUAUAAUGAUCUCAGCAGUAUUCAGAAUGCUGAGAGUUUGGAAAAUGUUGUGUAUAGUGAGGGUACAAAGGCUCAAGACAAUGGAAGCAGGUGAGACAGACAACAUUACUUUGGGGAAUGUUCUUUUUUUCAUGUUGUAGGUUUUUUAAAUUUUAGAUGAUGUUGUAUUGGAUUGUGUCGAAGCAGCUCGCUGAGACAAUGCUUUGUCUAUGAAUUUUUUUAGUUGCUAGCAGAUAUAAACUUCUC